AUGGAAAUCUCGCAUAUAUCAAGCAAGCUUUCACCAUCACCAACCAGAUUCCCAGAUUGCUGCCUCGGCAUAUCCAGCACAUUUCUCGACCACAUCAUUUCCCUCCUCCCAAGGAAGCCAUCAUUCACCGUUUCCGUGGGCAGUGGCUCUGGUCUUCUGGAAGCGUUGAUCACUGAUCGCGAUGAAAAUGUAUCAGUACAUGGCGUUGAGAUUGGAUCAAGUGUCAAUCGAUACAUUUCCGAGGAAGAUAUGCAUGUCGUUACGGGAGGCUGGGGCCUCUGCCCUGCUGCUCAACAGGCCUCAGCGUGGAUAUUUGUCUACCCACGCGAUCCAAAACUCGUUAAAAAGUAUAUUGAUACAUAUGGGAAUCAAUCAAUUGACUUGAUUGUGUGGCUUGGCCCUCGGGUGGAUUGGCCAGAUUAUGAGGCCCAGUUCGCUCAAUCCUCAUUCUCAAGUUUAGCUUUCCCUGAUGAUAUUGGCUUGACGCCAUAUGAGCUCAUGGCUGUUGCGAGGAAGCCAUGUUAA